AUGUCUUAUAAAACAAUGGCUGUGGCAAAUGACUCUGUGGUAACUGAAUUCAUUCUCUUGGGGUUAACAGGCCAGCCUAACUUCCAAAUACCCCUGUUUCUGCUCUUUCUAGUAAUGUACAUGAUAACAGCACUGGGGAACUUGGCUUUAAUUAUUCUCAUUGUGCUGAAUUCUCACCUUCACACCCCCAUGUAUUUUUUCCUUUCUAACUUGUCCUUUGUAGACUUUUGUUACUCUUCUGUAAUUACACCAAAAAUGCUAAUGAACUUCAUAUUAAAAGAAAAUUUCAUCUCCUAUGUUGGAUGUAUGACCCAGUUUUAUUUAUUUUGUUUUUGUGUAAUUUCUGAGUGUUAUGUCCUGACAUCAAUGGCCUAUGAUCGCUAUGUGGCCAUCUGCAAUCCACUCUUGUAUAAUGCUGCCAUGUCUCCCAAGGUGUGUUCCUAUCUUAUGCUUGCUUCAUACUUCAUGGGGUUUUCUAGUGCUAUGAUCCACACUGGAUAUGUCCUGAGACUGACCUUCUGUGAUGGAAACACCAUCAACCACUAUUUCUGUGAUGCCCUCCCUUUGCUACAACUUUCAUGCACCAACACCUAUGUUAACAAGAUAGAAAUUUUCAUUGUAGCAGGAAAAGACAUCAUUGUGCCCACUGUCAUCAUCUUUAUCUCUUAUGGCUUUGUCCUUUCCAGUAUAUUCCAAAUGAGGUCCACUGAGGGCAGAUCAAAAGCCUUCAGCACUUGCAGUUCCCAUAUAAUUGCUGUCUCUCUGUUCUUUGGAUCUGGUGCAUUUAUGUAUCUCAAGCCCAACUCAGUUGGACCAAGGAAUAAUGGAAAAGCAUCUUCAAUUAUUUAUACCACUGUAAUCCCCAUGCUGAAUCCAUUAAUUUAUAGCUUGAGGAACAAAGAUGUUAAAGCUGCAUUAAGAAACACUCUGAGCAAGAAAAUCUUUUAA